AUGGGCGCUGCGGCCUCUCUCAUCUACCUAGUGAACAAGCGGAGAGCUGGGCAUCCUCAUCGUCUGUCCCGCAUGGUUCUCAUGUCACCUGCGGGAUACCAUCACCGCAUCCCGCGCGCAUGCCGCUACUUCGGGCCAGUCCUGAAGAGGCUCGUAAAGAUGAGCGGGGUAUACACCCUCUCGAUCCCGUCGCAGUCGGCGCGCAAUCUCUCCCGCAAGCUGAUGCAGGAUGCAGUCAGCCUACCAGCCCUGCGGGACCUGAUCUACUCUUGCGGAGAGAUGUUUCUGGGAGGAGACUUCAAGGCCACAGUUCACUCGCACGUCAGCAUGGUCACCGACAAUAUGAUCGCGGGCACGAGCUCCAAGGUCUUCUUGCAGUUUUGGAACAACUACGUCAAGGUUCCAACUGUGACUACAAGGAAAGGAGCUAAGAAAUCGUGUCAACAGAAGCGCUUCCUCUCGUUCGACUACGGCCCGGAGGUCAACCUGCGCGUCUAUGGCACAGAGACGCCGGUCGACUACAUGGCUCACUACCACCUGAUCGACAUCCCGAUCCACUUCAUGGCUGGGCUCAACGACAACCUCAUCCCUGCGAAGGACUGUUUCAAGCACUACAAGGCGCUGUACCGCGUGUCUCCCUCCCUCGCCACCUGCAAGCCUCUAGCUGGAAGAGGACACAUCGACUUCACCUACGGGAUGGAUCAAGAAAUUGCAAGCGAGAUCUUCGGGCAUUCGGCUGCUGUUCGCAGCAGCAGCCUCGAUGAGAUCAAGCGAAUGUCUCUGUCGAGCAAGGAGCAGUACGAGAGCUCCAAGGUGGGAGACGCGGGGAUCAGGCUCGGGAAGAACUUGCAGGUAACGGAAAUUCUGCCGUCGGGCCCAGCAGGCACCAGCGGGAUCAUCAAGAUCGGCGAUCAGAUCGUCUCUGUGAACUCUGCCGUCGUCGUCGGGCAGCCUCCGUCACAGGUUCAGGCACUCAUCAGCGGCCCCAUCGGAUCGCAGGUGACGCUGGUCUUCACCCGGCAAGGCGUGCAUAAAAAAGCGAGCUUCACUCGGGCCAAGGUUGGACCUUGA